AUGUCAUCUUCCAACGGUUUCGUCCUCUAUCACUACGAGCCCUCUCUGGCAGCGGCAAUCGUCUUUUCUGUCUUGUUCAACAUCACGACACUGGUGCAUCUAUAUCAGCGCAUCCGAUCCGGGUCAAAGUACAUGAACCCAUUCAUUGUGGGUGGAUUCUUCCAAGUCACCGGCUACGGAUGCCGCGCAGCAUCGCAUUUUUUUGAGACGUCCACUACGCUCUACGCCAUCCAGACACUUCUAGUCCUUCUGGCACCGACACUAUACGCAGCAUCGAUCUACAUGAUCCUCGGCCGGACGAUAAAAUUCCUCCACGCAGAGCGUCUGAGUCCCGUUCCUACGAGAUGGAUGACCAAGGUUUUCGUGGCGGGGGAUAUCCUCUCAUUUAUCCUGCAGGGAGCUGGCGGGGGAGUCAUGUCCGCCGGCUCGGCAAACUCUCAAGAUAUCGGCACGUAUAUCAUCGUCGCUGGUCUUGGUGUUCAGCUUCUAUUCUUUGGUGUUUUUGUCUUUGUUGCUUGUAUUUUUCACUUUCGAUUCUCCGGUUCCCAAAUUGCAGGCACCUCGGGGAAAGUACGCUGGGUGAGGAGCUGGAACGGUCUGCUCUGGGUGCUGUACCUGGUUAGCGGGCUCAUUCUCAUCCGGAGUGCAUUCCGGAUGGUGGAGUUUGCGCAGGGAUUCAAUGGGUAUCUAAUUCGUUAUGAGAUCUUCAUGUAUGUGCUUGAUACGGCGCUGAUGUUUGUUUUGAUGGUUGUAAUGAAUGCGGUUCAUCCUUCUGGUGUUCUGGGUAGGGGGAAGGGUGAGCUGGUGGAAUGUGAGAUGAUGGGGGCUCCAGGUGGAGACGCGGAGAGAGGCGUCUAG